AGCAGUGUGCGUUCGCUUGCAGUCGGCAGUGGUGGUGUGAUGGCGUCUUGAUCGAGUCACCUUUCACGGUACGAAAGUGCUUUUGCGACUUUUCCCGCAUGCGGUAUGUUCGCGAAAGACAUGAUCUCGUGACUGAACAGGAUUGUGCGUGAGGAGGGUGGCAAGGAGCAGUCAAGCAUUAUGAUUACCUUGUCGAAAAAGCUGAAGCAGAGCUCGCAGAACAACAACACAGAAGCUGUUCAAAGCUUGGUGCCCGAGAGCGCCGGAGCUGUGCGCCGGGCUUCGGUUCGAGACAAGUUGCUCGUGCGAGAAGUACAAGAGAUGGAGGCCAACGUUCCGAAUACGUGCGCGCUCAAGUUUGAUGACCCAGACGUUCUGCAUCGCUUCGAGCUCAUCAUCACGCCGGAAGAGGGCUAUUGGCAGGGUGGCCGCUUCGUGUUUCUAGUCGAAGUUCCCGAAGACUACAACAUGGUGCCUCCAAAGGUGAAAUGCAUGACUCGCCUCUGGCACCCGAAUAUUAACGAGGAAGGAAACGUGUGCCUGAGCCUUCUGCGCGAAAGCUCCAUCGACGGCAUGGGCUGGGCGCCGACGCGGACGCUCAAGGAAAUCGUCUGGGGUCUCAACGCGCUUUUCACGGACUUGCUCAACUUCGAUGACCCUCUGGACAACGAGGCCGCUGAGCAUUACCAAAGAGACAAAGAGGGCUUUAAAGCCAAAGUGCGCGAAUACGUGCUUAACUACGCGAAGCGGUAAAGCGCGCGUAGCAGGAGCCCGGCGCCGCUGCCGUCAGCGGCGCCGGACUUCGUCGCGGCCUGAUUUAUGUUGCCAUUAUCUGGUGACCUUGUGCUGUGUGUAUGGAUCCUUUGCAUCUAUCAGUUUCGUGUGCUUCUCUACAGAGUACAAACGAAGUCUACACUAGCGCGACCUCGUGAAUAAAGCUAUCUUUGAAUUGUCUGCAAA